GAUAUUAAGAAAAGGGUAUGGAAGAUCUAGAAAGAAGACCGGAGAAAUCGGCGCUUAUUGUUAUAUCUAAUGAGUGGUCACUUCCACCUCGGAGAAAACCGGGUAGAAAGCGGUCAGAAGAACCGCCGUUAACGAAGAGAAAGGCACAGAAUAGAGAAGCGCAACGUUCGUUUCGUGAAAGACGUGCAACGCGAGUUUUAGAACUUGAAACAAGGGUUAAACAGCAACAGGAUCAUAUGGAAAAAUUAAAACAAGAAUAUAUGGAAAAAAUACAGUAUAUAGUGUUAGAAAAUGAAAGAUUAAAGAAGAAAAAUGAACAACUUGAGGAACAGGUUAUAUAUUUAAAAGCUAACUUUGAAAAAGUGAAGAAUUAUAUUAAUUUUGAUACACAUAUUUUUGUUCCAUUUUCGAAAGAAAAUAGUUCAAGUACAACAAGAAUUUACGAUAAUUCAUCGAAAAUAAGUGAUUAUUCUAAUUUAAUGAUUGGACAAUCAGUGCCAUUAAGGAAGAAAAAUGCAUCGAAAGAAAAACAAGAUAUGGAGCCUAAGGAUAUUUUAUUUCAGAAAAAGCUUGUGAAAGAUUCGGAUUUUGUUCAUCAUUCGGAAUCCAAAGAUUUAUAUAAUGAAUCUGGUUUUUUGGUGCAUCAAAAGAAUCCACAAAGUAAUUAUCGAGAUCAAAUAAAUACCUAUUCAUCUUUUAGUUCAUUAUUUAUACCUAAGAAUGAUGGCACAAUUGGAGAAAAUGAUUGUGGAUUUUGUAUCGGUAAUCCUGAUGUAUGUUUAUGUCUUCAAUCGCAAAAUUUAAACAAUGAGAUGACAAAUAUCAUUGAAGUAGAUAAAAAUAUUCUUCCUCCUAUUUUAAUCGAUAAUAAUGAUAAAAAAAUGGAAGAGAAAGUACAAGGAGAUUCAGAAAAAACGGAAAAACUGAAAAUACUCGAACCAUCUAGUAGUUAUACAAUCAAAAAUGAAUAUGAACCUGGCUCAUGCGCUCAAUGCAAAGCAGAUUCAUUGAGCAUGCUUUUUUGCAAAACGUUUGCAUCAAAGAUAAAUUAUAAUAAAGUUUCUUUCAUGUCUUAUAAGGAUAAAGAGAAAUAUAAUUGUAAUACGAAUUCACCUAGUGAUAGUAACUUUUUGCCAUGUUCUGCUGCAUAUAAAACACUUAGUCAACAUGAGAAAUUUGUUAAAGAGAAUUUUCGAGUUAUAAUUGAUAAUUUGGCACCUGGUUCUUGUGGAAUGCAGAUUCAAGCAAAUAGAGUUCAGGAAACAUUGCGUUUGUUAGAUCAAUAAUUUGAAACACUUAUACCUAAUAAUAAUAUUAUUAAAUAUUUUAU